AUGCCGCAUCAAAUGGCAAAGACGAAAGGAUAUUCGAAGCGCGGAUAUUACAAGGGCUGGGAUACUUUGGACAAGCUUGGUCCCCCGGUGAAUCGCCUGUCGAACAAACUCGGUGCGGAGGCUUUCUGGCCCCCAACUCUGGAUAAGGAAAGUGAUAAGGCAGCUCGUAUAUUGCGAAGCUUCUGCAAAGAUGGAUUCUAUACGCAGAUCGACAAUGAGAGCGAGGCGACGAACGGGACAAGUCCGCGUACAACUUCUGAAGAUGGAGGUGAGGGAUACAAGGAUACUGGGGAAAACAACACGGACACUAUUGACAGACCAAAGGGGAAACAAAGGGUUGUAAAAAAGAUACCGUCUGCUGUUAUCAAGCAAGCUAAGGGCUUGGCAAUAUUUACAGCAAUGAGAACAGGCCUUUGGCUGAGUGGAGCUGGAGGUAGCGGGAUUCUUGUCGCGAGGGUCAAGGAAACGGGAAAAUGGAGUCCUCCGUCAGGAAUCAUGUUGCAUACCGCAGGACUUGGGUUUCUGGCUGGCGCCGAUAUCUACGAUUGCGUGGUUGUCAUCAAUACUUACGAGGCGUUAGAGGCUUUCAAAGCGGUACGAUGUACACUUGGCGGGGAAGUCAGCGCUGCUGCUGGCCCGUUUGGUGUGGGAGGUGUGAUGGACUCUGAGGUACACAAGCGACGGGCUCCGGUGUGGACAUAUGUCAAGAGCAGGGGGUUGUAUGCAGGGGCUCAAGUAGAUGGAACAUUAAUGGAGACAAUAAAGGCAGCUCAGGGCGAUACCGAUGUUGAUGAGACAAUGCUUCCACCUCCAGGUGAAGCCCCUGGAGAUGCUGAUGUGGAAACCGAUAUAUUCGGUAUUCCCCAGCCUGAGGAUCAGGAUCCGUUUGGCGUCAUGGCGUUAGAAAAAGAGGGUGUACUAAUUCGAGAAGCCGGAACGAAGCGCAUAGCCAGUGCUGAUAUGUUUGAAUUCCGACCCAGUCCGUCGAGCCCAUUACACAAUCGAUUUUCAAGAUCGAGUAUUGAGAGUUCUCCGAGGGCUAGUUGGCGGAGCAGCGUCCAGAGCACUGCAAGCGCUGACAGAGGCACACAGACGGACGAUUUCGUCUAUCAGCAACCCCCAAACACUCCCCCAACCACUCCACCAGGGACUCGCCGGCCUUUUUCAGAUAGUUUUAAAAGGGUACCAUCGGUGAAUCACCAUAUCUCGUACGUGGGUAACUCUUCUAGAGUCGAAAGUAUGCCGCCUACCUCCAACCGGGGAGGAUCCGUCGUUAUUCAGGAUCAAUCUCUCCCUGGAGUGUUGAGCCCAGCUCAUCCUACCAGCCCGUCUUUCGCCCGUGCUCGGCUUAUUACCAUUCCCAAACGCACUCCUCCCCCAUUACCACCUCGGAAUGCCUUACGCAUCUCGUCGAUAAGUGAACCUGGUCCUGGGGUAUUAGAAAGAGAAACAGGGCCCCCAAUUGGAAGUUAUGCGGAUGCCGAGAUACUUGAGAGACCAUAUGCCAGGAAGAAACAAAUUACAAGCAAAUGGAAUUUCGGAGGAAGUCCUGAAUAA